AUCUAGCUAUAAAGAGCUAAACUUUCAAGCCAAAAAAGUAGCAGACGUGACAGCAACAAAAAUCCGCGAGAAAAAGAGGGAGGGCAGACCGAGUCUCUGUGGGACGCAAAGAGGAAGAGGAAGCUGAAGCCGCUAACCAGAAAACUAGAAUGGACCAAUACACAGUGCUCAGCGGGGACCGCUCCAAGAUCAAGGACCUGCUGUGCAACCGGCUAACCGAGUGCGGAUGGCGGGACGAGGUGCGUCUGCUGUGCAGGACCAUUCUGCUGGAGAAGGGCACCGGCAACAGCUUCACCGUCGAGCAGCUCAUCACCGAGGUGACGCCCAAGGCGCGCACCCUGGUCCCCGAUGCCGUCAAAAAGGAACUCCUGAUGAAAAUCCGCACCAUCCUCACCGAGAACGAGAGCGAGAUCGAGGAUGCGGAGGAGCCCUAGGAACAGUCCGGGAUCAGCUUGUUUUUAAUCCACCACCCCCCUCCCCCCACAGCAAGCUAAUAUUAACAUUAAUUAAUUAGGUUUAUCGGUACGAAGUCAUGCUUGGAGGUUAACGCUCGGAUGAGGGAUAUUCUUGGACUCAACUAGGGCCAGGAGGUGUUGCUAUAUACACGGAGCAGAAGAGUUUGCGUAGAGAGUUUAGGCAAUGCCGUUCCUCCAUUAGCCUUUCUUUUAGAAACUAUUUAGACAAAAAAAAAGCCAAACAAUUCUCUUAUUUUAAACAUUUUUAAACUCCUUAUACACUCUAUUAUUUUUAUACAUUUUUUUAUGAAACAUUUAUUCCUCCGAUCGUCAUGGAACUCGUGUCAUUGGCUAACGAUUAUAUACGAAAACAAUAAUAAACCAAUUUAUGAUUAUUUUGCACGAUUCUGAUCCAAUUAGACGUAGGUAACCAACUCGAUCCAUAACGAAACUCGAUCUGCCUGUAAGCAUUUUGCCUUUUUGUAUACAAAUAUUCUUAAAACUAAGCGAGUAAAGUCCGGAGGAGCUGCCAUCAAACGUUUUACAAUAA